UCAGUACUCGUCUGGCCGUGUACCUCUGCAGAACACGAUCCCGAUCGCAGCAGACCCUCCGUCUGACGUACUACGGUACUACGACGUACGACUUUUAUCACUUACGUCGAGUGCGGAAAAAAUGACGCCGCCAAAAUGACCUGUCGGUGUCAUUGUCGCUGCUUUCUGAUACGGCUUGUUUCGUAUCUAAUCUACAUACCUCUCUGAGAGUAUUUGUUUUGGCUUAUUUAGUGGUACGGUACUGACUUUAGUGGAAGCGGUUUUGUUAGAUACGGUCGCGCGCGUAUUUAAUAGUGAGUGUAUUAUUUUGAAAAAAAAUAAGAACUAAAAGGAACGAACUAUUUUGGUUAAGUGGAAGUGAAUUUUUUUAGUGAUUUGUAUUGUUGUUGUGGUGAAAUAAAGUUUUCAUAACGGAUUAUAUUUUACUUAGCUUAGAGACGCGGAAACACAACCAUCAGCCAUGGAUAAGUUCAUUUUAAAAUGAUUAUUCAGAACAAGAACAGUUCGGAGGAGAUCGACGACAUGGACUCGUUGAUCGAUAAUGAAAUUGUGGAGGAGGAGGAGGGCGAAGAGGAGGAAAGUCGGAAUGAGGUGUUGAUGGAGGAUAUUGUAAAUGAUAUAGGACGAGGCGUUUUGCAUCACAGGAAGAGUUCCUUGGCACUUACGCCGGAAGAAGAACCUUUUGAUAUAAAUAGGGGCCCAAACGAACUGAAAUAUGGUCUAAUCAUCCCUAAUAUAAAACAUCAAUUGAAGUUACUUCUUGUUUUUGCUCAAUUGGAUCCAGUUUCCGAGACUUUCACGAAAGCCGCCGAAAAACUUGGAUUCGAAGUCACUCUUUGUCAUACGGACAUUAGUGCUCUGGAGGAAUACCAAACGAAGUCCCACGACUUGGUCAUAGUAGACAACAGGAUAACCAAAGCUUUCGAUAAUGAUUUAUUAUGCAGGUCAAUAAGGAACACGAGAGGAAGUCAGCAUACAGUUAUGAUUGCGGUUGUUAAGAAAAGUGCAUUUGAACGGGACGAUAUAACCAUAACUUCCCUUUUGGAAUCUGGAUUUAAUAGGUGUCUUAUAGAGACGACCAAUCUGCUGACAUGCGUAAACGAAAUGAUUUUGCUCAAACACAGUGAUAUCCGCAUCAUGGCACAACACGCAACCUGUCAAGCUCUUUAUACAGCGUUGGACAAAUGUAAGGACUUGGUUAUUGUUACAGACGAUACCUACAAAUUUCAGUAUAUGAACACGGCGUGCGAAAGACAGCUAGGGCUGAGGCAGGAGGACACUUUGGGGAAGACCCUUCAGGAGCAGUUAGUGUACGAUACGGUGCAAAUAAACACUAUGGGUUCGUCCCUUUUGAGGGCCAGAGAAUGGAGCGGUCCCAUGACAUUGAAAAGGAAAUCCACACAAGACCCCAUUGUCACCUCGUGUAAAGCCGUGCCGUUUUCGUGCGCUGGGAGAAUGCCAACCCAUUUCAUCCUUGUCUUCGACACAAAUUCAAUAGAUCCAAAUAUGCUAUCCCAAUCCAGGGGCAGCAUACAUUCCAUAAGACGUGGCUCUACGGACGUUAGAAGCGUGGGAAGCGACUAUCUCAGACGUACGUCUUUAGCGAAAUUGAACGCUCUACCAUUAGAAGCACCAAUUACGAAGGUAAUAGGCCUAAUCGAUCAAAUACGAGAAAGUUUAGGGUCGAACCCCCAGGCGAUCCAACUAAUUGACAGAGUGGAAGACAUUCUGAAAAGUUCCGAGCUCUACGUCUCUCACGUCAAGGAGGACUCCAAAGUUAAGGCUGACGAACCUGUUGUAUCGGAUCUCAUAACGGCACUACUUUCGAAAACACCCCAGCCAACACUGUCAGCAUCUUCGAGGAGGAGUAGUAACGAUUCUUCAGUGUUUAGACCUUCUAGGACAGGACUGAUUAAAGCACCGGCAGCAAUUCGCGACCUGCUAGAAACAUCCCUCACCUGGGAAUUUGACAUUUUCAAACUGGAGGACCUAAGCAGGCGGCGACCUCUUCAGCAUCUUGGCAUGAACCUCUUCAAUCAUUUCGACGUAUGCGGAUCACUGAACUGCGACGAAAAGACGCUUAGCAAUUGGCUGACUGUCAUCGAGGCCAAUUACCACAUCGAGAAUUCGUAUCACAAUUCGAGCCACGCAGCCGAUGUCAUGCAGGCGACGGCUGGCUUUCUGGAAAAGGAACGGAUGAAAUCGAUCAUGGAACCGUUGGACGAGGCCACGAGCCUGAUCGCCGCGGCCGCCCACGACCUGGACCAUCCCGGCAAGUCCAGCGCCUUCCUCUCCAAUUCCAACAACCCCCUGGCGAUCCUCUAUAAUGACGUCACGGUGCUGGAGUCGCACCAUUCAGCUCUCAUGUUCAAAUUGACUCUGGGUGACGAGAGAGUGAACAUAUUCAAAAACUUGGACAGGGACACGUACAAACUGGCCAGGCAUAACGUUAUAGAUAUGAUUCUGGCAACCGAAAUGACAAAACAUUUCGAACAUUUAGCGAAGUUUGUCAAUGUGUUCUGUCCGAGAAGUUCCAUCGGCUCCGAUAUGGACCAACCGGACGACUACAAUGCCCUGCUCAGCCCCGAGAACACCACCCUGGUCAAGCGGAUGAUGAUCAAGUGCGCGGACGUGUCCAAUCCCACGCGGCCCCUGCGCAUCUGCGUGGAGUGGGCGCGCCGCAUUGCCGAGGAGUACUUCCAGCAAACGGACGACGAGAAAAUGAGGGGCUUGCCGGUGGUGAUGCCCAUGUUCGACAGGGCCACGUGUUCCAUUCCCAAGUCGCAGAUCGGGUUCGUCGACUACAUCAUCAACGACAUGUUCGAGGCCUGGAACGCCUUCAUCGACAUGCCCGAACUGCUCACGUACAUGAGACAAAACUAUAUCCGGUGGAAGGAGUUCGAUGAACAGGGUCACACUACUUUAAGCGAUAUCCAGAAACUCCAAGCCACUGUUCUGUCACCUUCAGUAUCUUCCGCAAUUAAGUCUGAUUAGCAUAAGCGUUUCCGUCACAGUGUUGACAUCAGUGAUUUAAGACGUAUCCUUACUCAAAGAAACAUGAACUACAAUACCUGACUAAAUAAUAGCGCAUAUCUUUAAAAAAAUAAUAAAAUAAAUCCUCCUAUUUCUUGUACAAAAACCAUAUAUAAACGUACAUCUAUUUAUGUAUCUAUAUUUUUAUUAAACUUUUAUGAAAUUAUAUCGCAUGCAGGUCGUGCCACUUCAUAUGUCUAUUUAUCUUAUAUUCUUUGAUGAAUAUAUAUGUGUUUUCUAUUUGUAAAGAGAAUUAUGUCCGUGUGUAUUGUUUUAUUCCCUUGAAAUGUUAGAUCUAAAUAAAUAAUGUUUUUUUAA